AUGCCUCCAUCGCAGUCCUCAGGCGACCGAAAUGGCGGUACUUUGAAAUCAUUUUCACUUAAGCCCAACGGCGCAUCGGCAAAGCCUUUCAGUCACCAAUCAAGUCGCGGUCGUCCCUCUCACUCGUCCCUACCUUCUCGACCACACCAACUCAGCUAUGAUGAUGACUCCUCUGAUGAAGAGCAUGUCCCCGUUCAUGAGGAAGUCGUGGGCUUCGACACUCACACUGGCGGCGCCGUCACAGCCGAUGAACUUGCAGUUAAAGAAAAAGGACCGCUCGUCAUCCCAGUCACAAGCAAGAACAACUGGCGCGAUCGGCCUGGUACGAACGUGAGAAAGGGGAAAAACAUCCUGCCUCCCGAAGUCCAGGCUAUGCAAGAGGCACAAAGAAACGGACAGGUUCCAGGACCAGCAGUUGAGACGUCAGGGCCCAGCAUGGCUUACGGCCUGAGCUUUGCGCAGAAGUCCGCCGAGAAUGAAAUGGAGGACGCUACAGCGAACGAAGACCUAGCCAUACCGGAUGCACAACCUCCCAUCAACAGCAGCAAGCCCCUUACAGAGGAUGAAAUUGCCCUACAAGCUUUACUACGCGAGACCACCGGUGAGGUGGAACGACGGACGGAUCUUGUUAUUGAAGCCUCGAAACUACGAGAUGAGGAGGAUGGAGCACCUUCACGCUACGACGAAGCUAGUUCAUUCCGGACGGAUGUUGCGUCCCGUCCAGAUCCCGCUACUCUGGAUCAAUACAAUGCCAUUCCCGUGGAAGAAUUUGGCGCCGCACUGCUUAGAGGCAUGGGUUGGAAGGAUGGACAAUCCAUUGGGCGAGGUGAUUACAGCGGCACUUCAAGUGCAGACCGAAAACAGGCGAAGAAGGCUUCUAAUCCUACGCCGCGGCCUGGAUUCCUGGGUAUUGGAGCCAAGGAUACCUCUGGUGGAAAAGGUGCCGAGGUAGAGCUUGGAGCGUGGGGCAAGUCAGCUAUGCGCAAAGCCUCAAGGAGGCAGGGAGAAGAAAAUGGUGGUACAAAUGAGGGUGUUUACAUGCCCGUCAUGAUGCGGAAUAAGAAAACGGGCGAACAAAUUACCGAGGAGGAGCUGGCAGAGAUGAAGAAGGAGGCUGCCAAGUCUCAACCUGACAAGGAUGAUUGGCGUGAGAGACGGGAUCGCAACCUGGAUAAAAGUGGACGAGAUCGUGACUAUGAUCGAGACCGUGAUAGAAAUCGUGAUCGAGAUGGCAAUCGCGAAUACCGAAAACGUGAUUACGAGGAUGAGCGUUCAGACCGGAGAGGGUUUUCCCGUCGUGAUCGAAGUCGCUCUAGCGGUCGUCACUCCUCAAGACGUUCACGCUACGAUGAUGAUCGCUCAGAUCGGAGAUCUGGCUCUUCCAGAUCUGAUCGGAGGAUCAAGUCUUCGCGUCGUGAUCGAAGCCGUUCCACUGACCGUCACUCCUCAAGGCGAUAG